AUGAAGAAACAUUAUUUAUUCGGUUUUGGAGUUAUUAUUCAUGUUAUAUUUUUAUUAUCCAUUUUUGAUAUUUAUUUCAAAUCUCCAAUUUUAUCUUCGGUGCCGUCUGAAAGUAAUCAUAUCACACCGCCUGGGAAAAGAGUUGUUCUUUUUUCAGUAGAUGGUUUACGAGUGGAUUCAUUGUUUGAUGUAGAUCCAUUUAAUAAACAAUAUGUUGCUAAAUAUAUGUUAGAUAUAAUUAAGUAUCGUGGUCGUUGGGGGAUUUCUCAUACUCGAGUUCCAACUGAGUCUCGACCGGGUCAUGUUGCUAUGUUAGCAGGAUUUUAUGAGGAUCCGUCUGCCAUCACAAAAGGAGACACCAAAGAAUAUGAUAAUUGGGUGUAUGAAAAAUUUCAAAAAUUUAUUAAAACAACUUCUCAUAGAGAACAUUUGGAAAAGAAAGGGAUAUUUUUCUUUUUACACUUUCUGGGACAAGAUACUUCAGGGCAUACAGAUAAACCUCAUUCAGUUAAAUACAGGGAAAAUUUAAAAAAUGUCGAUGAGCUUGUAAUGAAAAUAGAAACUUUGUUUGAAAAUUUUUAUCAUGAUAACGAUACGACUUUUAUUUUUACUUCUGAUCAUGGUAUGACUGAUUGGGGAUCACAUGGAGCUGGAACUGUAGAAGAAGUAAAUACACCUUUUAUUGCUUGGGGAUCGGGUAUAAAAAAACCUUUUGAUUCUUCUGAACAAACUGACAUUAAUCAAGCCGAUAUAACCCCCUUAGUAUCAAUUUUACUAGGAUCUUCAAUACCUGUAAAUUCUAUUGGAGUUUUGCCCACAGAAUAUUUAGACAUGCCUUACAAGCACAUAGCUGAAGCAAUUAAAUUAAAUGCAAAACAAAUUGUUGCCCAAUAUAUAAAAGCAAUGCAAAAUCUUAAGGAACAAACAUUAUCUUGGCUUCAUUUCCCAUUCAAGGAUUUAAAAUUACCAGUUUUAAGUUCAAAAUUACAAUCUAUUAAUAAUUUAAUCAAUUUGAAAAAAUAUUCAGAAGCUAAUUUGGAGAGUAAAAUUCUAAUUGAAAAUAGUUUAAGAGGUUUGGAUUAUUAUCAAAAUUAUUAUCAAAUUCCAUUAUUAAUGUGCAUUUCUUUAAGUUAUCUUGGAUGGAUUGCUUAUUUAUUGUUGGUUCUCUUUGAUACAGUAAAUGAAGUUAGUUUUUAUAGAACAUUUAAAAAAUAUGACAAUAAAUUUUUAUUUGUGGUAAGAUUAUUAGGAAUAUUAAUUUCUACUUGGAAUAAUUACACAAUUCAUAAUCAUUUUAAUAAAUAUCAAUCACUUAUAAAGUUUAAUCAGUGUAUUUCUUGGAUUUUACUUGUAGCUUCAUUUUUCCUUUUAUUUUGGGGUGAUAAAAUGAUAAUGAAAAAAUUAGUCGAAGUAUUUAUGACAUUAUCCAUUCCAUUUAUUCUAUUAUCAAUAACUCAUGAAGGAUUUUUUCUCAUGUUUCUCUUUAUUCAUCUAUACUGUUGGAUUUUAAUUGAAAAAUCAUUAAAUAACCAGCAUUCAUAUUAUUCUGAUUUUAGAAUAGCAUAUUUUUUUCUUACUUAUAUUUUUUUGUCAUUUUUCGGUUUAGGUAAUAUUAGUAGUUUAAAUUCUUUUGAUACAGCAUGGGUUCGAUGUUUUUUGACUGUUUUCAUGCCUUUUAUCAUGUCUGCCUUAAUUAUUUUAAAGACUGUCAUACCUUUUUUAGUAGUAUGUUGUACAAUGAGAACGAUUACAAGUAUUUUGAAAAUUCAGAGUGAACGUUUGUUUGUUAUUGUUCUUCUAUUUUGUAAUGUGAUGGCAUUAAAUUUUUUAUUCCUUAUCAAAAAUAAAGGGAGUUGGUUAGACAUAGGUAUGUCAAUAUCCCAUUACGUUUUGCAACAAGUUACCAUUGUCUUUCUUUUGAUUUUAUUUUAUAUUGCAAAAUUUUUAUUACAAUUUACUUAUAACACCUCUAACAGCUUAGAAAACAUUGUAAAACACACCAAACCUUCUAAAAGUCUGCCAAUUUUUUAUGAUCCCACAAAAAUUCAUAAAUUUCAGUAA